GUCUGUACUGAUGACCAUCUUCAUAUUUGUCUUUGCGGUUAAGCUUAACGAGGCUCUUGUGGGGCUAUGCGAGUCUUCCGUGAUCGUACAUGGUUACCAAUGCCAGGAGUUCUAUGUGAAAACCGAAGAUGGGUAUGUGCUUAACAUGCAGAGAAUCCCUUCAGGGGAAAGUAGUUCAUCAUCAGGUGAUGAUGAUGUAAAAGUCAAUAAACAACCAGUCUUGCUGCAACACGGUGUACUUGUGGAUGGGAUGUCAUGGCUCCUGAAUUCUCCACAACAAUCCCUGCCGUUCAUCUUGGCAGAUAGUGGGUUUGACGUAUGGAUUGCCCACACCAGAGGGACUAGAUUUAGCCGUCAACACGCUAAUCUUGAUGCAUCCCAACGUGAAUAUUGGAAUUGGUCUUGGGACGAGCUUGUUGACUAUGAUCUCCCUGCUACGUUCAACUUCGUGUACCAUCAAACAGGGCAGAAGCUCCAUUACGUGGGCCAUUCCUUGGGGACUUUGAUCGCUUUGGCAUCGUUCUCGGAAGGGAAGUUGGUGGAUAAGUUGAGAUCUGCAGCUUUGCUUAGCCCUAUUGCCUACUUGAGCCAUAUGACCACCGGUAUCGGCAUACUUGCGGCCAAAGCCUUCGCCGGAGAGUUUACAACGCUGAUGGGUGUGGCAGAGUUCAACCCCAAAGGGGAAGCAGUUACCCAGUUUCUCCAUUCACUCUGCAAGAAUCCUGGGAUCGAUUGCUAUGAUCUAAUGACCUCAAUCACAGGCGAAAAUUGCUGUCUCAAUGCCUCCACUGUUGAUCUCUUCUUGAAGAAUGAGCCUCAGUCGACCUCAACCAAGAACAUGGUUCAUCUCGCUCAAACGGUGCGAGAUGGGAUCCUGUCAAAGUUCAAUUACGGGAUCCAGGUGAUGAACGUGGAACAUUACGGGCAAGGGAAGCCACCCAUCUAUAACCUCGCAAAUAUUCCCAAAACUCUUCCAUUGUUCCUCAGCUAUGGAGGAAGGGACGCCCUUUCAGACGUUAAAGACGUAGAAAUGUUGCUGGACAAGCUUAAGUUCCACCAAGGCGAAGAUCUCACCACUCUGUUCAUCAAUGAUUAUGCACACGCAGAUUUCAUCAUGGGUGUCAAUGCCAAGGAGAUGAUCUACAAUGCCCUCAUCUCCUUCUUCGGACGCCACUGAUCGA